AUGUUAAAUGACGCACAGGAAGAGUUAGCACAAUCUUUACCAAGAGCUAAUUAUCGCAUAAAUGAAGCAGAAAAUGUGAAAAGUUCACUUAUAGUUGUAGAACAUAAGGGUGAUUUGUGGACAUGUGCUCUAAGAAAGAUCUGUUUGACUGCUCUCUGGCUUCCACUAGGCGCUCUAAUAUUUUGUUACGUGACAGCUUCCUUAUUCCAGGCAGAUGACAUUCAUGAAACCCACUGUCGGGUUUAUAACGUAGUACCAUCAAUAAGUGCAAUUACUGGGAUCAGCCCUCAAAGGUACGUCUGGAGGAUAUGCAUCGCCUACCACCUAGGACCAAGAUUAUUGAUAGGAUCUCUAUACUUUAACUACCAUAAAGAACGCACUUUGCACAUAACGGAUGAACAGAUGCGAUUGACGGCAACUAAACUGGGAAAAGCUUGCUAUUGGCUAAAUUUGGUGGAAUUGUUUGCUUUGACGGGUGUCACUUAUGUCUCUAAUAGAGAAAAUUAUUUCAUUCACGAGAAGAUCUUCAUAAUUUUUAUGGUGGCUUCUCUAUUACAUAUGUUAUGUAGAGCAAGAAUUGGAUGUAUCGCAAAUGACGUAUUGGAGCCUGUACGGACCAACAAAAUUGUGUGGAACCUAUUCUUCAUCGCAAUAGCAGCUACUACAGGAUUAAUAAUUUUUUUCUUGAGACAUCGCCUUCUCUGUAGACCACUUGCUUUCACGUGGUUCUCUGUGUGCGAGUACAUUUUGGCCACAACGAAUAUGGUAUUCCACGCGAUUGUCGUUUUGGACCUGCCUUUUCACGAAGUAAAAGUAGUUUAUUCAGAACGCAAGAGCAAUUAA